GUUCCUUCACGGUGCCUUCACGGACCCUCAGUUGUCGGAGUGUCUCUAAACUCAGCUCAGCUCAGCGGACCCCGACGACAGCGCGCCGGGGAGUUUCGUUUUCUCGGCACACUUCCGUGUUGCGCUGUCGCUUGCAGCGAGACGACGCCCGGCCUUCUUCCGUUCGUCUCAUGCCCGUCCACGGGCGCCCGCGCCCCGGCGAACGGCUCCCGCGGUGAGCCGAGCGGAUCCUCGCGGUGGCGCUCGGACGUUAGCUCGAGCGGCUAAUCUGCUCUUCGCUGCUUCCCGCCGCCUCGCGUUGUCGCUUCGGCUCGCCUGGUCGACGUUGGCUGCUCUCGGGUACCGUCGGGACGCGGAAGUGGUCACGAAGACGGUCCCGUCGAAGCAAGUCGUCGCCAUUCCGAUGCCAGGUGGCGGGAGGGAACCUAGAGGCUAACUAGCAGCUGCCCACACAGCCACUGCGGCAUUUGGACGCCAGCAUGCCAGCAGGAGUUUGCGGCUGCUGCGGGCCGUUGAGGCCUCGUUACAAACGUCUAGUGGAUAACAUCUUCCCUGAGGACCCAAAGGAUGGUCUGAGUAAGUCGGACAUGGAGAAGCUGACCUUCUACGCCGUGUCUGCUCCGGAAAAGCUGGACCGCAUCGGGGCGUACCUGGCGGAGCGACUCAGCCGCGACGUGGUGCGACACCGCUACGGGAAUGUGGUGAUUGCUAUGGAGGCCCUGGACCAGCUUCUCAUGGCGUGCCACUCGCAGAGCAUCAAACCCUUUGUGGAGAGCUUCCUGCACAUGGUGGCCAAGCUGCUGGAGUCCCGAGAACCGGACCUGCAGGUUCUGGGGACCAACUCGUUUGUUAAAUUUGCCAACAUCGAGGAGGACACUCCGUCUUACCACCGCCGCUACGACUUCUUCGUGUCUCAGUUCAGUGCCAUGUGUCACUCCACCCACGAGGACCCAGACACCAGGAGCAGGAUCCGCGUGGCGGGAAUUAAAGGCUUGCAGGGGGUGGUCCGAAAGACUGUCAACGACGAGCUCCAGGCCAUCAUCUGGGAGCCGCAGCACAUGGACAAACUGAUCCCGUCCAUGCUAUUUAACAUGCAGGACGCUGACGACCUUGACAGGAAUGGGGCGGGGCACCCCAGCACGCCAUGCGUGUCCGUUCAGGACGGCGAGGAGAACCCGUCCACGUUAGCGGAGAGCUGCUUCCGGGAACUGCUGGGACGCGCAGCCUACGGCAACAUGAACAACGCUGUGAGACCUGUGCUGGUGCACCUGGACAACCAUCACUUGUGGGAGCCCAAUGAAUUUGCAGUCUCCUGCUUCAGGAUCAUCAUGUACUCAAUCCAGGCGCAGCACUCUCACCACGUCAUCCAGCAGGUCCUGGGCCACCUUGAUACCCACAACAAAAACACCCCCAGGGUGCGCGCUGGCAUUGUGCAGGUGCUACUGGAGACUGUGGCCAUCGCUGCCAAAGGCUCCGUGGGAACCAUUCAAGAGUGCAAACCAGGUGACGCAGUGGACAGCGAACCAGCCACGCCUCCCAACAUGUGGCUGGGUCCCACGGUGCUGGAGGUGUUCGACACGCUGCUCAAGCACUUGAGGAUGAGCGUGGACCUAGAACUGGGCGAGAGUUCGCGCAGGAACUCGGCCUGCAGCGCUUCAUCGGGCCGCGCCAAGGAGAGCGACGAGCGCAUCGUGCAAAACGCCAUCAUUCGGACCGUUGGAUUCUUUGGGGGAAACCUGCCUGACUACCAGAGAGCUGAGGUGAUGAUGUUUAUCAUGGGCAAGGUGCCAGUCUACGGGACCCCCUGCCACGCGUUGGACACCGUCAAGAUUGGGCAUCAGGGAACCAAAAGGAUCCAGACCAUGCUGCUCAGCUCCCUCAUUAUGGUGACAUCGGGUUUCAAGUCCAAGUCGAUGACGGGCGCGCUGCCGUCCCCCUUCCUUGACCCGCUUUUGUCCAUCUCGCUGAUGGAGGACGGCGAGCUGCGGCAACUGGUGCUGGAGAUCUUGCACAACAUCAUCGACAGACACGACAACCGCGCCAAGCUCCGAGGCAUCAGGAUCAUCCCCAACGUGGGCGCUCUGAAGAUCAAACGAGAAAAGAUCUCCAAGCAGGAUGUGGCCUUCAUGAAGAAGCACGGCCAGCAGCUGUACCGCCACAUCUACCUGGGCUGCAAGGAGGACGACAACGCGCACAAGAACUUCGAGCUGCUCUUCACCACGCUCGCCGUCCUCACCAUCGAGCUGGCCAACGAGGACGUCGUCAUUGAGCUCGUGCGACUGGCCGUCGCGCUCCAGGACAUGGCCUUGUCCACGGAGGAGAAUUUGUCCAUGUGGCUGCGCUGCAGCGUCUUGGCCUUAGUGGCGGCGUACCUCAACUUCCUCGGCCAGAUGAUCGCGAACACCGCCUUCUGCCAGCACGUCAGCAAGGUCAUUGAGCUGAGGAACAUGGAUGCUCCCUACCUUCUCCCGGAACACGUCUUCAGGGACAAGUGCUCGCUUCCCGAACGCUUGGACAAGGACGAUGCGGCGCUCUUCUUUCAGAGCGCCGAUAUGGCCGACAGUCUGGCGGGGGCGGGCUAUAACGCAGACAGACUCAACGUUCCUUACGUGCCGCAGGUCACAGUGCUUUACACGGUGGGAAAAAUCCUGCACAGGUGCAAACAGACAUCCAGAGAUGAAGAUCGUCUGACCAGGAGGAAGAGCUUGGUGGACACCGUCUCGCUGCAGGUGGACAUCUUGGCCAGCAGCCUGCCCGACAAGUCGCAACUUGCCGAGGAGAUCACCUUCGAGACCCUGAAGAAAGCUAUUGACACGAGCGUCCUGGAGGAUCAAGAACGCGAGCGUCGUCGUCAGGUGAUGGAGAAAUUCCAGAAAGCGCCGUUUGAAGAGAUCGCCGCGCACUGCGAGUCCAAGGCCAACAUGCUGCACGAGCGUCUGACGCACAUCUUCGAACUCACUAUCAGACCUCCCCCGAGUCCGUCCGGCGUGGUGUCCGUAUCUUCGGGCCACGCCCAGCACCAGUCCGUGCCCGUCUAUGAAAUGAAAUUUCCUGACUUGUGCGUCUACUAAGCGCACAUGCGAGCCUCAUCAUCACGCCGGGAAAAAAACACACCGAUGAAGGGCGCCGAGCCACAAGGGGGCGCCAGCACUUGCUAAAAACUUUUAAGCUUCAUCACAUCAAGGUAUAUCCAAAAAUAGAGUUGUACUUAGUGCAAUUGACUUAACUCAGGGGUGUCUAAACUGUUUUUUUUCUCUGAGAGCUGCUAUUUGUUACCGUAUUUUCGGGACUAUAGGUCACACCGGAAUUUAAGUGGGAAUUUUUGAAGGGGAACGUACUGUAUUUUGUCCGCCAUUUGUCGCCAAGUAGCUCAAAUGCAGGAGCUUGUAUAACUUAAGCAGCAAAAGAGCUGUUCAAAAGAAAUGAAUAGUUGCCAAAACCACAGCAUUAACAGUUACGAAUAACUGUGCAUGCUAACAGAAGCGCCCUUUAGCUUAGCGAGUGACUACGUUGCCGCACUUCAGCUCGACAAUGGCACGACUUUGGUUGUGUGCACCAAUCAUACUUGCAGAUUGGGUUAAUACUCAGCUCGCCAAUAGUUCCCUUAGCUUAGCUUAGCUUAGCCUAGCCAUAGACUUCAUAAUGCAGGGGUCUCAAACCGGUCCUCAAAGGGCCGCAGUGGGUACUGGAUUUCAUUCCAACCAAACGAGAACAAUCCCUUUUCACCAAUCUGGUGUCUAACAAGUGUAAUCAGUUAAUUGCAGUCAGGUGCUGCUUACUUUAGCAGAAACCUCAUUGGUUGAACUGUCUGUUUUGGAUCUGUUGGAACAAAGACCAGGACCCACUGCGGCCCUUUGUGGAAUCGGUUUGAGACCCCUGCCAUAAUGUAUUGACGGGACACGGGGCGCAGGGCCGAUAAAUAGGGGGCCUGCAUUGUUGGCGAGGCCGUCAAAGCUAACCGAGUGGAAUCACAGACAAAGAGCGUUUUUCAUUGAAAAUUCUUGUAUAUAAAUGCUUAAAUCCUUGAAUUCUUUAUAGAUAUGGACGUAAAACGGUCUCAAUUCUUGGUUAAAAGUAGGGCUGUCAAACGAUUAAAAUUUUUAAUCGAGUUAAUCACAGCUUAAAAAUUGAUUAAUCGCAAUUCAUACCAUCUAUAAAAUAUGCCUUAUUUUUCUGUAAAUUAUUGUUGGAAUGGAAAGAUAAGACACAAGACGGAUACAUAUAUAUUCAACAUACUGUACAUAAGUACUGUAUUUGUUUAUUGUAACAAUAAAUCAACAAGAUGGCAUCAACAUUAACAUUCUGUUAAAGCGAUCCAUGGAUAGAAAGACUUGUAGUUCUUAAAAGAUAAAUUGUAGUACAAAUUAAAACAUAAAAACUAAAAAACAAACAAAAAACAAAAAAUAAACUAGUAGCUCGCCAUUGUUGAUGUCAAUAAUUACACAAUGCUCAUGGUGCAUAAAAUCAGUCGCAGCCAAGCGCCAGCAGAGGGAGACAAAAAAACACAAGUAACAAGUGGACAUGACACACUGCUGUCAUUUUAAUCUGUUUGAGCGGGGCAUGUGCGUUAAUUGCGUCAAAUAUUUUAACGUGAUUAAUGAAAAAAAUGAAUUACCGCCCGUUAACGCGAUAAUUUUGACAGCCCUAGUUAAAAGCAAAAAAAAACAUGCAGUUAGCAUUUAUUUUACGUAAAUAUGUCGAAGUACGAUGCUAGUCUGUUAGUCAAUGUAGCGGCCGCCAUAUGUAAACAGCUUUUCCGGUGAAAAUUCUUGUGAAUAAAUGCUUAAAUCCCUGAAUUCUUUAAGUUAAUAUGUUAAAGUACAAUCGAGUCUGUUAGUAAAUGUAGUUAGCGGCUGCCUGAUGUAAACAGAAUCUAAACAAAUCCCUGAAUUCUUUAUCGAUAUGGACAUAAAACAGUCUUGAUUUUUGGUUAAAAGCAACAAAAAAAAGUGCAGUUUGCCUUUAUUUUACGUAAAUAUGUCUAAGUAAAAUGCUAGUCUGUUAGUGAACGUAGCUAGCGGCCGUCUGAUGUAAACAGAGCUUUUCCGGUGAAAAUUCUUGUGAGUAAAUGCUUAAAUUCCCGAAUUCUUUAUAGAUAUGGACGUAAACAGUCUCGAUUCUUGGUUAAAAGCAUCAACAAAAAAAACCUCCUGUCAGCGUUUAUUUUACGUAAAUAUGUCGAAGUACAAUGCUAGUCUGUUAGUCAAUGUAGCUAGCGGCCACCUGUUGUAAACAGAGCCUUUCCCGUGAAAAUUCUUAUGAAUAAAUGCUUAAAUCCCCGAAUUCUUCAUAUAAAUGGAUGUAAAACAGUAUCGAUUCUUGGUUAAAAGCAAAAAAAACAAAAACGUGCAGGUAGCAUUUAUUUUGCGUAAAUAUUGCAAGCAAUGAGGCUAGUCAGUUCAGAAACCAUGCCAGGCCACGUCAUGUGUAAACAAAGAAGAUUCUUGUGAAAAAGGCUUAAGUCACUGAAUUCUUUAUAGAUGUAAAACAGUCUCGAAUCUUGGUUUAAAGCAAAAAAAAAAAAAAAAAAAAAAAACGGACAGUUGGCAGUUAUUUUAAGUAAAUAUUGCGAAGUAUAAUUCCAAUGUUGUAGCGGCUAAUUUCUCCCAUUGAUUUUUUUUUCGCAACGUUUCAAAAUGCAUGCAUGGUAUGAAAAAUAUAAUAAUUACCUUGUAUCCUCAAACAAAUCACUCCUUAGAGAAUCCUUUCUGUUUGUAUGCGCUACAGCUUCCGUACUUUUUCAACAGUCCAAGCUUUUUAUUAUUAUUAUUAUCCAUAUUCAUUUUGACUUUUCUUUUUACUAGGGCUGUCAAAAUUAUCGCGUUAACGGGCGGUAAUUAUUUUUCAAAAUUAAUCACGUUAAAAUAUUUGACGCAAUUAACGCAAAUGCCCCGCUCAAACAGAUUAAAAUGACAGCACAGUGCAAUGCCAACUUGUUACUUGUGUUUUUGGGAGUUUUGUCACCCUCUGCUGGCACUUGGGUGCGACUGAUUUUAUGGGCUUAAGCACCCAUGAGCAUUGUGUAAUUAUUGACAUCAACAACGGCGGGCUACUCAUUUAUUUUUUGAUUGUAAAUUUUACAAAUUUUAUUAAAACGAAAACAUUAAGAGGUGUUUUAAUAUAAAAUUUCUAUAACUUGUACAAACAUUUAUCUUUUAAGAACUACAAGUCUUUCUAUCCAUGGAUCGCUUUAACAGAAUGUUAAUAAUGUUAAUACCAUCUUGUUGAUUUAUUGUUAUAAUAAACAAAUACCGUAUGUUGAAUGUAUAUAUCCAUCUUGUGUCUUAUCUUUCCAUUCCAACAAUAAUUUACAGAAAAAGAUGGCAUAUUUUAGAGAUGGUUUGAAUUGUGAUUACUUACGAUUAAUUAAUUUUUAAGAUGUAAUUAACGCGAUUAAAAAUUGUAUUCGUUUGACAGUCCUACUUUUUACAAAUUUGAAAAAAAAGGUUUCAUUAGGACCUUAUUUUUCAAAUUUUGGGAUUCUCUGAGAAUUGCUUCAUGUUCAGGUAUUUAAGGGUUAAAUCCGGCUUAUGCUUGCAGCGUCUUCUGUCUUCUACUGACAAUUACUAAAUGAAGCGGACUUUGGCACAGCCCCCUACGGCAAGGCGUGAAGCAAAGAAUGAUGAAAUGUCAGAUCAAUAGGUUUUGAAGUCUAUGGCUUGACAUACGACCAUAUCGACUUAUGGACGAGCUGCUGGAACGAAUUAACUUCGUAUGUAGAGGUACCACUGUACAGUAGAGUCAAUACUGGCAUCUUCUUAAUCACAAGCCAAGAGCGCCCUCUGGCGGCUGGUUCAUGGUCGGCAAGUUUUACAUAUGUCAAAUUCUAUACUUUUAACAUCAAGUCGCACCUGAGUAUAAAUCACAGGCUCAGCCAAAGUAUUAAAAACAAGUGUGACUUAUAGUCUGGUAAAUACAGUAUGUACCGUAUCACAUGAAAUGAACCUACGUGAAAUUGGUUUCCAGUCAGAUUCAAAUUUGUACAGAAAUGAUGUCAAUUGUGCCGCUAUCGUUUUUUAGAUACAGUGAUCCCUUGUUUUUUGCGGUUAAGUUUCUUUCAUCAUUAGCUUCGGGCUAAUAAAAGCGAAGUUUAGACGCCCCUGACUUAACUAAUUGGCUGCCACUGACAGCGCUAGACGUCCAAUCCAUAUUCAUGGUUGUUCUUUUGCCCCACCUAGUAAAACGGAUUGGACGUCUUGCGCUGUCGACGGCACCGACAUGUAAAAUGUCCAAACUCAAUCGAUGUCUAGCGCUGUCGGCGACAGUGUUUUAGACAGUUUUAAUGUGUCGAUGGCGCGCCGCACGCCUGACAACACAUGUAGAUUUUGAUGAAGCGCGGUAGAAAAUGUAGACUUGAUUUUUGUAAAGAGUUGUCUUAGUUUGUGAAUGUAUCAUUUUAACACGAGAUCAUCUAUUUUUCUAGCAUUGCCUGCUGUUUGUCACUCGAUCUGACGUCUGCGCUCGCUCACGCAAACAAAGUCGAUGCAACAAAAAUAUCACUAACCAAUCAAUCACAAUCGCAGUCUUUCCUGGUAAAUGUGAGCUGCAAAUUUCUGCACGCACACCUCCGUAUUUUUCCAUUUUGCGUCACGAAAGCCUCACGGGGCCAUCGCCGGCUGUCGUUCAAAGAAUGUCAAUAAAAGUCUUUCAAUUUG